AUGGCGGACUCCGAUGACCUGGACCUCCUCAGGGUCCUCAUCGCGACGGACAACCAUCUCGGCGUGCACGAGAAGGAUCAAGUCCGCAAGGACGACGCGUUCAUCACGUUCAGGGAGAUAUUCGAAAUAGCGAAACAGCAGAAAGUCGACUGCGUCUUCCUCGGCGGGGAUCUGUUCGACAUCAACAAGCCCUCGAGGGAGACGAUGGUUCGAACGAUGGAGAUCCUUCGGGAGUACUGCCUGAACGACAACCCGGUGCAGAUCGAGGUCUUGAGCGACCAGACCGUGAACUUUCCGAGGCGCGGGGUCGUGAACUACGAGGACCCCAACUACAACGUCGGCCUUCCCGUGUUCAUGAUUCACGGCAACCACGACGACCCCGCCGGGGGCGAGAACCUCAGCGCGAUCGACGUCCUCGCCGCGUGCAACCUCGUGAACUACUUCGGCAAGCACACCCUCGGCGGGUCGGGGACGGGGAAGAUUAAGAUCAAGCCGGUGCUUCUUCAGAAGGGCGAGACGCGCAUCGCGCUGUACGGCCUCGGGUACAUACGCGACGCGCGGCUGCAUCAGAUGUUCAGCGUGAAAGGGAACGUGGAGUGGGCGCGACCGGAGGAUAAAGAGGGCAUGCGCGUCGGGUCUUGGUUCAACGCGAUGCUGAUCCAUCAGAACCGCGUGCAUCACUCGCCGAAAAACGCGAUAUCGGAGCGGUACCUCCCGUCUUGGCUCGACUUGGUCGUCUGGGGGCACGAACACGAGUGCCUCGUCGAACCCACGGAGGACUGCACGGGCAACUUCAGCAUCUCGCAGCCCGGAAGCUCGGUGGUGACGAGCCUCAUCGAGGGCGAGGCGAAGAAGAAGCAGAUUUUACUCUUGGAAGUCCGAAAGGAUCCGGACAACCCGGACGGCGCGCCGUUUUGGCGCACGACGCCGAUCCCGCUCGAGACGCCGCGGCCGUUCAAGUACGUCCAACUCUCCCUGAGCGAUCGCGCGAAGCUGUCCGCGGAGGACGGCGGGCUCGGGCCGGACUGGAACCCCGGCGACGUCGCGGGCGCGCGGCGCGGCGUGAAGGGCCGAGCCGGCGGCGGCGCGCAACACGAAGCGUGGGUCCACGGCGUGCUCGAGAAGCAAGUCAACGACAUGAUCGAAGACGCGUGCGCGCCGUUCAAGCAGCGGAAGGUCCCGAGCGCGGACAUCCCGCUGCCGCUCGUGCGCGUUAGGGUCGACUACACCGGCGGGUUUAGCACGAUAAACGCGCAGAGGUUCGGGCAAAAGUUCGUCGGAAAAGUCGCGAACCCGAACGACUUGCUUCAGUUUUUUAAAUCCGCGGCGAGGCGGAAGAAGGACGAGAACGAGCCGUCGAGGCCGGGCGCCGCGGACGAGGACGAGGACGAGGAGCUCAUCAACAACCCCGCGGUGCAGGACCAGAAGAGGAUCGAAAAGCUCGUGAGCGACAACCUCAGCGCGGGUUUGCAGCUCCUGAGCGAGAACGACCUCUCCAACGCGUUGGACGACUUCGUGAACCGCGACGCGAGCGCCAUCGUGAACCUCGUGAAGCAGCGCCUGAAGGAUACGCAGACGCUCGCGGAAGAAGACGGCAUCGGCGAGGACGACGACGGUUUCAUGGAGGACGACGCCGCGCGUCGGGUCGAGGCGGCGGUGCAGCAGCGAUUGGCGAGGAGCGCGCCUACGGCGGCGGCGGCGGCGGCGGCGGCGGCGGCGGCCGCGGGCGCGGGCGCCGCGGAGCCGCCCGCGGGGCCGACGCCGAUGGAGGCGGCCGCCGCGGAGAGAGAGAAGACGCGGCGGAUGAUGCAGACGGGCGCGGCGGCGAUGAACGAGGAAGCGCUCGACGAAGAUUUCGGCGAGGACGCGAGCGCGCCGGCGGCGAGGACCGCGCGCGAUGACGACGCGCGGCACGCCGCUCCCGCGGCGAAAUCGCCCCCGGCGGCGGCCGCGCCCGCGCGCGGGAGGAGGAGCGCCGCGGCGGCGUCGUCAGGCGGCGGCGGAGGCGGCACGCUCGACGCGUUCCUUCAGCCCGCGUCGUCGACGGGUGGGAGAGGCGGACGCGGCGGACGUGGCGGGCGCGCCGCCGGCAGAGGCCGCGGCCGCGGCCGAGGGAAAGCGGCCGCCGCGGACAGCGACUCCGGCGACGACGACGUCAUCGAGGACUCCGAGGAUUCUGGGGACGAGGACGUCGUCCCGAUGAGCGCGCCCAAGCGCGGCGGCGCGAGGCCGACGCGCGCGGCGAAGGCGGCGGCGGCGACGCGGUCCCGCCGCGGAGCCGCCGCGGACACCCCGGACGAGUUCGAAUUCGAUGAGCACUCCGACGACGACGACGACGACGACGUCGUCGAGGACUCCGGGGACGACGCCGAGAUCGCGACUACGAACCGACGCGGCGCGAAGCGUAAGGCCCCGGCGGCGGCGAAGAAGAAGUCGCCCGCGAAGAAACCAAAAAAGUCUCCGGCGAAGAAGUCGCCGGCGAAGCCUCCGCCCGGGCGCGCGCGCGCGAGCCGCGUGAUCGAGAUCGACGACAGCGGGGACGAGGACGACGAAGAGGUCCCCGCGACCGCGCGCGGGCGAGCGAGCCGGUCGAGAGGGGGAACGCAGGCGUCGCGAGGGUCGAGGCGGUGA